AGUCUUCAGCGCUCCCAGCAGGCAACAUUCACCAGUUUUAUAACAUAUCGUAUAUGGUUCAUAGGUCGCUGCCCGUACGGAGAGGGAAACAGCUGAACCGGCGAGCAACAUGGAAAACUCCACCAAAGCACAUGUCACCACAGUCUCUCUCGUGGAAAGCAGCUCAAACCCCUCGGGGUUCCAGCUAGUGAGCAGCUACCAAACGAAUCGCAUGGGAGACCCGUCGGAUCUGGUGGAACUGGCUCAUCAGGUCCAGAAGGCCGACGACUUUAUCAGAGCAAACGCCUGCAACCGGUUAACGGUUAUCGCUGAGCAGAUUCGGAUGUUACAGCAACAAGCGAGACAGGUGUUGGAGGAAGCGAAACGCGAUGCCGAUUUACACCACGCAGCUUGCAACGUCGUCAAGAAACCGGGGAAUAUUUAUUACCUCUACAAAAGGGAAAGCGGCCAGAGGUAUUUCUCCAUCCUUUCACCAAAGGAGUGGGGGGCAAGCUGUCCGCACGAAUUCCUGGCUGCCUACAAGCUUCAGCACGACAUGUCAUGGACGCCCUUUGAGAACAUCGAAAAGAGAGACGCUGAAAUUAACAUUAUCGACAAACUCCUCAACGAGCAGAUUGCGCUUCCAUCGAGCGCCGAGCCUAACUUUAAAGGACUGACAAAUUAAUCCGACGGGGGCCACCUUCCAGUCCAAAGAAUUUUAAGGAUCCGAAUGCGCGAGGCCGAGGUCCGAGCACUGUGACGCAAGGACACAGGACGAGUUUCUGGAUUAAAGGAUCCGGAUGACCCUCGCCCACUCGCCUUAAUCCAUAAACGUUAUUCCUCAACACCCAGAACCCCUCUGUCAGUGCAAUCUGAGUGAUAUCCGUGCUUUUAUUGUGAAAUAUAAUCUGCUUUGUAUUUGCGCCUUUGCUUUACAUUUUAGAAUUAAAAGGACGGUUCUUGACAGGUCAAA